AUGAUGAACGUCAAAUAUCUAAUGAAAAAUAUAAGCUUUCUACUCGUAGAUGUGACGAAUAAAGAGAAGAAUUUCCAUCAACAAGAGGGAAGUAUAUUUAUCCCUUUUUUGACAUAAAAUAGUACGGGUCAAAAUUGACCCUGCAUAGCAGGCUAGACACAUCACGCUACGUGCAAUAUAACGGGUGUAACCGAUAUGGGGCGGACUACGAUAAGCAUCCCAAAUACGCCCACUUUCAAACGAAGAUAUGCUUCGUUCCUGAUCAUUUGAUGCAGUCAACGACGAACUCUCAACGCUACAGGGUCGUCUAAAGCAACCCCGCUGGCAAUGUCGCAGUAAAAUUCGAUCGAACCGUUUGGUACUGUCGUCUGCGAUGGCUACAAGACCGCUAUGGUUGCUGCUAACUUACCUGGGACUCUGUGCGGCGUGGAUGGACGAGAGGCCCGUGUUGGAGUCCCGAGACGGACACCUCUUCAUUUCCGCCGCCAAGGACAGAAAUAUCACCCUUAAAAUUGUGGGGGACGGUCACGUGAACGUCAACGAAAUUAAUUUGCUUCGCGUCGCGUCCGCGGCGCAAAACGCGACGCAUUUGAUCGAGAGAUGGAAAACUGGAUAUCUAGCAGAAGUGGAAUCGAGUUUGCAACGAUUGACGCAAAUCGUGGAAGGGCCGGAUGGAUUGGAACGAAGAAUGUCCAUGUUUAGAGGAUUCGGAGAAUUGAACAAUACGGUUCAACCCACGUGGCGCAAUCAGGCGAGUAUCCGAAAAAUAUUUUGA